AUGGCACCCAAAUCAUCAGAUUCGCAGAGUCAUCUCCUCAAUCAGUCAGACCCAACAACAAAUGGCUCAAUCGAUCCGAUGUUCCACCUCGUCAGAAUUCUCCCGUACUCUGUCCUCCGCGCGCCGCGCCUCCGCCUCAAGCUGCCGUCCCUCAGCCUCCCAUCUCCGAUGACGGUCUUCUCCCUCGUCCUCCUGACCUACUUCAUGGUCGUCUCCGGCAUCGUCUACGACGUCAUCGUCGAGCCGCCGGGAAUCGGAUCGACCCAGGAUCCCGUCACCGGCACCGUGCGGCCCAUCGUGUUCAUGUCCGGCCGAGUCAACGGGCAGUACAUCAUCGAAGGACUGUCGUCCGGCUUCAUGUUCGUCCUUGGCGGGAUCGGGAUCGUUCUGUUGGAUCUUGCGCUGGACAAGAAUCGGGCGAAGAGCGUCAAGGUUUCGUAUGCUUCUGCUGGGGUUUCCUCCAUUGUGUUCUCCUAUGUUAUGAGUAUGCUCUUCAUCCGCAUUAAGAUCCCAGCUUAUCUGAGGUGA